AUGCCGCCCAAAAAACUGACUGGAGAGAAGAAGAAGAUCGUCGAGGACAAGACCUUCGGUCUGAAGAACAAGAACAAGUCCGCAAAGGUCGGACGCUAUGUCGAGACCGUCAAGAACCAGGCCAUGCACGCUGGACAAUCCAGGAAAGAUAUGGUUGAGAGAGAGCGUGAGAAGCAGGCAAUUAUUGACCGCAAGCGUGCCGAACAGGCCAAGAAGGAGGAAUUGGGAGACCUGUUCAAGCCUAUUCAGGUUCAACAGAAGGUGCCUUUUGGAGUUAACCCUAAGACCAUCCUCUGUGCCUUCCACAAGGCCGGUACCUGCACAAAGGGAGACCGGUGCAAGUUCUCGCACGACUUGAACAUUGAGCGCAAGGCGACCAAGAGGGAUCUUUACACCGAUAACCGUGAUGAAGAAAUGAAGAAUGAUACCAUGGAUAAGUGGGAUCAGGCAAAGCUGGAGUCCGUUGUCACUUCAAAGUCCAAGGGAGGACCUGUUGCCACCACCACCACCGACAUUGUGUGCAAGUACUUCUUGGAAGCUAUCGAAAAUCAAAAGUAUGGAUGGUUCUGGGAUUGUCCCAAUGGAGGCACACAGUGCAAAUACCGCCAUGCUUUGCCACCUGGCUUCAUUUUGAAGACCAAGGCAGAGCUGAGAGCUGAGGCGAACAAGGAGGUGAUCUCGAUCGAAGAGUUUUUGGAGAAAGAGCGCCACAAGUUGGGCAAGAACCUGACACCUGUCACAGUUGAAUCGUUUGCGGCUUGGAAGAAGACCCGUGCGGAACGUGUGGAGCAGGAGGAGCAGGCCAAGCGCAAGGCCAAGGAGGCUGCUUACAAGGCUGGAAAGAUGCUGCAGUUCUCCGGAAGAGAACUGUUCGACUUCAAUCCCGAGAUUGCUGGUGCUGACGACGACGAUGGCGACGAUGUGUUUGAUUUCUCGGCAUACUCAAGGAACGUUGAUCAGGAUGAGACGCCUGAGGAGCUCGAGGCACGGAUCACUCGCGAUAUGGCCAAUGUCAAGGUUGACGAUGAGUUGUUUGCGGGCGAGGAGGAUGUUGAUGUCAGCGAUGACGAGUAA